GUGGAGUCGGAGACUGGAUACUGAUGUGGUGCUUUGGUGGUGCCCUCGUACUUUUAGGAAUAGGAUACCUUAUUUAUCAAUAUUGGUGACACUAAAUUCUCGUUUACCUAAAUUUUAGGAAAACCUUUUUCGUAUUUGUCUGAGCGGGCAACACUGCACGCCAAACGUCAAAAAAUUAUGAAAGAAAAAAUAUUGAAAAGGCGAUUUUCUUGGACGACAUUGUUUUCAAAAAUCAAGAAAGACGAAAAAGAGUUCUACAUUAAUUUAUGCGACUCGAAUGUGUAUUUAAAAUUAACAUGUGAUUGUGUCCGCCUGCUAUCCGAAUAACGAGACAAUGGAUAGCGGGGACAGGAUUUUGGUGGCCGCGGGGCUGACCGCCGCGGUGGUGGUGGGUGCGUUCGUGCUGUGGGGCCCAGGGGGUGCUCCGAAGAUGCGAAAGCGGCGCGGGCAGAUAGCGGGGCUCCAGAACCUGGGCCGGACGUGCUUCUUGAACACCCUGCUGCAGGCGCUGGCGGCCUGUCCGCUGUUCAUCGACUGGCUGAAGAAGUACGCGAAGGCCGAUAGCCACAACAGCAUGAUUACCACGCUCUACACCGUCAUUGAAGUUGUGAAUGGCACUCACGAGGCAGCCCGCGGCACUCCGGUAUGCCCCCUGGGCGUGCUCCAGGCCCUGAGGGCAGCAGGCUGGGUGGUGCCGGCGGACCAGCAGGACGCACAUGAGCUGCUGCAUGUCCUGCUCUCCUGCAUCGAGGAGGAGACCAUUGCCAUGUCCAAGAAGCCGGGCUGCCUCUCUGACGCUCUCGGCCUCGGCGGCGGGCGCGCGUGGUCCGCGCUGGCCUCGCCCGCGUCCCCGCCCGCCGCCGGCCCGGCCCGCGCCGACUCCACGCCGCCCACCCCCUGCACCGUGUCCACGAGGCCGCAGUCUGCAGCCGGCGACGAGCCUGCUCUAGCGGACCCUGAGCCAGAGGAGGCGCCGGCGCCGCGCCGGCUGGCUAAAGGCGUGUCGCGCUCGUUCUGCCACCUCAGCUCCGUGGGGCGCCGCUGGGUGCCCGCCGCGCCCGCCCGGCCUGCGCCUGCGCCGCCCUUCCGCGGCACGCUCGCCUCCCGCCUGCAGUGCACUGUGUGUGGCACAAAGAGUCCGAUCCGGUACGACAAAUUUGACAGCAUCUCGCUAUCAAUGGCUAACGCAGCCAUCGGUAACACAGGCACCUACAGUCUUGCUGGGCUACUCCGUGCGUUUACGGCUCCGGAGAUGGUGAAAGGUGUCCGCUGUAAUAAAUGUUCGCCCGACACGCCGCUUAACACACAACAUAUCCGUACCGUCAACUUUGGAAAGUUACCAGCCUGCCUUUGCCUACAUAUCGGGCGGGUGGAGUGGGCGGGCGGCGCGCUCAGCAAGCGCACGGAGCUGGUGGCCUUCCCCGAGACCGUGGCCAUGGCGCCCUACACGCAGGCCCCGCCACCCGCGACGGACCUAGUCUCUCUGAUGAGCGGCGGGCGGCUCCGCGCGGGCGCGGCGGAGGCGGCGGCGGAGCAGAGCGAGGGCUCCUCCCGCGCGCUGUACCGGCUGGCGGCCGUCGUGGUGCACGUGGGCGGGCCCAGGUCCGGGCACUUCGCCACCUACCGCCGGGGGAACGGGUUCGAAGCCCGCAGAUGGUGGUACACCUCCGACACCCUGGUGCACGAGGUGUCCCUCGCGGAGGUGCUGCGCUGCGCGGCCUACAUGCUGUUCUACGAGCGCGCGCCCGCGCAGCACGCGCACGCGCACGCGCACGCGCCGAGCACGCCGGCGCACACGCAGCACCAGCAGCCAGCGUCGCUCGAUGCGAAUACGCAUCAUAUAUGAUUUGACGCGAGCUCCUUGUUUGCGCUCCCUAGGUAUUUGUCUGAUCGUUUGAAUUGUAGACCGCUCGGUCCGUAUUGAGUCAGUCAACUUUUGUACAAACAGCAGCACUCUUAACUGUCCAUCGGUGGACUUUAUGCCUUUUGUGAUAAGGUUUACGAACUGUCAGCUAACAGUGUGGGGGAUGGUAUAUGGAGCCUUUGCGACUUGCGACUGCUUUGUUUUUAAUAUAUGACGUUAUCAAAGAAAGGUCGAUGACUCUUACGUUCACAGUUCGUUGAUAAUGACGUUAAUAUUAUCGUUAUUAAGGUCCCUUUAACCACACAUAAUAACAUCACUAAUGACAAAUUUGCCCUGAAUAAGUUGUUCUAUCCCUGACAACCUACACAAUUUUCCUAUUUGGCAUAAACUCUCAAGAGUGUAAAAAUACAAAUGUUGAAAUGUCCUUUGUUUUGUUUAAAAUAUGAAGUCGAAAUUACUUUUGUGUCGCCUGUCUGUACAGUCGUCAAAACGAGUUUUAGAACAAAUCUUAAUAAUAAUGUAAAUCUACCAUUUAGCUAAGAAAUCUUGCACUUUUGAUCCUGAUUCGAAAAUCAACCAAUUUUAUAAUAAUUGUUUAGUCUAUUUAUUGCCAUAAUUUAAAAUAUAAUUAGAUAAUUACUAAAUUCACACAGACCUUAAGUAUACUAAGCUCAAAGCAUUGAGUAUAUAGUCUAUGUACGUAUUAUAAAGUAUGACUAAUUUGGAUUUGACUUAGAUCUAUAGCCAUACUUGGCGUGACUAAUUUGAAAAUUUUUGUCACACACAUCUGAACUAAUAGAAAAUGCAAAGUCAAAAAAGGGUUUAUGCCAUCCUACAAUAGAUGGCACUGUUUCGAUUAUUACCCAUUUCUAUUAGUUUAGCUGGUUGUUAGUUUAUGUACAGUGUAUUUUAGACCAAUAAUAUCAGUGAUAUUUUACUGAAAAUACUACUUAUAUUUGGCCUGAAGCGUUUUAGGGUCCUGAGAUCCAUGGUGUUGUAUUUAAAUUUUAAAUUAUGUUGCUUGUUUGAAUGUUUGCUUGUAGGCUGAAUAAAUGCUUUUAGAGCUCAAAUUACUUGAUGAAUGAAUUAUUUAUAAUUCUGAGAGAUCUUCUAUAGUUCCUGCUUUUAAAUCUUUAAAUUUUAGCAUUUAUAAUUGUCUUUCGUCUGGUCUAUGACUGUAAUUGUCCAUUUUGAUGUAAAUAACGACUCAGUAUUAUCAGAUGUAAGAUAUCUGAUUCGUCCUUAUAAAUAAAUCUAUAUUCUACCACAGACAAUUGAAUGAUAGACUGGUAAUCUUCACACAAAGUCAGCUUAGCUAUACAAAAUGUAUCGGACUGAGAAGGAUUAUAAACACAACACGCUCUUCAAUUCAAAAGGAUGUUACUGUUUAUGAAGAAUAAAGGUAUCUUUAAUUACCUACUGGUCUUUACAUUUACGAUGUUAAUUCUCUCGUUUUCUACUGACUGUAUUUUCUACUGCAUUUACUCUCGGAACAUAUCGGCUCGCACGAAUGCUUUUGACAAGUUUUAAACUAACUUUUAGAUAAGGAAAGUGCACCUCUUCUAGAAAUACAGGUCGAGGGUAAGUUGGACUCAGUCACUUGUCCCUAAUUGCACAAUGCCUACAGGUACCUCUAUCCUAAGGGCGUGUACACUAGCGUUUCCAUACAAAAUUAUACGUCCACGCGGCGUGCCGAUUAGUAUGGAACCGCCGGGAAAACGCCGAGCGGCCGCUGCUAGUGUGUAAGACCUCUAAUUAACCCGGUCUUGUUUUUCUACAGUAGGGGUCCUUGCCCCCUGGUUGUAAUUUUCUUAAUGACUGUCCAUUAUCUAAAAUCUAAAUGAUAAACUAACUUUGUAUCUUGAUCGUAAGGGUGGUAUUCCACCUGGCCAAUUUCUUUGUCCAAAGUGUAUUUUGUCUCACAUUUUGCUUAAUGAGAGAGUGAGACGCAAUAAGAUUGGACCAAGAUAUUGGACAGAUGGAAUACCACCCUAAGCUAUUGACCGAAUUACUAAACAUUUUGAUUCAUAAAUUAUGUAAAGAUUGUAUGUAUUAGAAAUCUCCACUAGUAUAAUUACUAAAUACUAAGUGAAUGUCCCCUUGUACAUCCUUUUCACUCGUAAAGACUUGAAAGAGAAGGACUGAUGGUGGUAUAGUUUAAAUUAUCUGACGUAGAUACUAGGUUAAGCAAGGUGGUUUUAUGUCAGUUGUUGUACAGAUGUACCCCCUUAUUCAUAAAACUUUGGGCCUGAUUUACUUAAAUUAUGUUUUAUCCCUUUCUUACAAAGACAUAAGUCAAAAUGACAGAAAGACAAACGAUUCAUAGGUAGAAAAUUCAGGCUUGUAACGCGUUUAUGAAUAACGCUAAUAGUGAAUAAUCCUUCACCAUCGUGUUUUCACGGAAACCCACGAACGUAUUAUGCUAUUUCAUUCGGUCUCAGUGCAAUAAGUACUGAGGUUUCCGAGAAAAUACGAUGGCAAAGGAUUGUUCGCUACAUCUGUAAAUUAUGUUGUUUUCAAAUAAUUUCAACUAUACACAGCAGAAUGUUGAGGUAGAUAGGUUAAGGUACCUGAACUUGCAGAUUUCGAAGUGCCAUGUCUAGUGUAAAUGGAAACGUAUCACGUUUUAGAUGUUAACAUUUAUGUAGUAUUUAACUUAUUCAUGGCUAUAACAUUUAUCACAUAGAUUGGGUACGGGCACAGCGGCCAUCUCCAUACAAUUUAUAACCUUCGCAAAAUUGUAUUGAGCUGGCAGGUGUCACCGUACCCAAGCUGUAUGAAAAAUACUAUGUUCUUAACAAUGCUGUGUUAUGUAUUUUAAAUUGCUUGACUACUCAUUUAGCACAUAUUUUUUUACCAAAGUUUCCGUGGGCAAGUUACCACAAUACAUUUUUGGGUGUCUCACGAAUUUAAUAACCCUGUAUCGUACUUAGCUCAGGCAUUUACCUCGUUUUAUCUAUUGACUCCAGAUGUGUAUUUUUGGGUGACUAUACUCACAUAGUUAUAUAGCUAUACAUAUGUCUUAGGAAUAGAUUCCCAUCGUGAUAUUUAGAUUGCAUAAUACUUAUGCAUCUAUGUAUGAUACUUCUAGUAAUAUUUUGAAUUAUGUUUGAUCAUGGAAAUUUUAUAAGAACAUAAUAUAUGUCAUUUUAUGCCUCAAUAGACUCAUGAGUGCAAUACGAUCACUUUUUCUAUGAGAAUAUAAAACUUUUUUCGGAUAAUUCGUGAUUAUGUUAUAAAUGUUUGUGCCUUUGUUUAAUUUUAAGCUAAUUGACGAAAAACACUAAAGAACUAUAAAAAGCUCAAAAUUUUUCUUAAUCUCCAUUUUAAAAUUUUGUCUCUUGAAAACCAAAGUAAUUGUCCUUUUGUGGUCAGUGCCGGAUUGAGACAAUCUGGUUUGUUAGCAUUUCAGGACCAUGGCGUCCAUGGCACAGUCUAAUCCGGCACUGUUAGUGGUAAUGUUGAUAGGAAGAGGCUUCCAGAGCAACUGUAGAGGCUCGCCAGGCGGGCCCGGUGUAGACAUGUUUAUAAAAUUACAUUUAUCAUUAUAAGGAA